AUGUCAAUUCUGGAUUGCUUUGCGGGUUAUCCUAGCAGAGUAUCGGAUAUAAGAAUUUUUCGAAAUUCGCCAAUAUAUGAAGAUUUCACGAAUCAUCCGAAUAAUUAUUUUGAUGAAAAUCAAUUUAUUAUCGGAGAUAAAGCAUAUCCCGUUUUACCAUGGUGCAUACCUCCCUACAUCGAGAGAAGAAACGUUACCGAUAGGCAAAAACAUUUUAAUUUUUGCCACGCCAAGUCUCGCCAAGUAAUUGAACGUUGUUUUGCUCUUUUAUUUGGAAGAUUUAGGCGACUCAGAUAUCUUGAUAUGAAUCGAAUAGACUUCAUAGCACCAACAAUAAUUGCUGCAUACGUUUUACACAACAUAUGCUUAAAUAGAAAAAUCAGCCAAGAAAAUCAGGAAAUACAAGACAUGUAUAUAGAUGAAGGGCUCCAGGCAGUGGUGAAUAACGCUAGCAAUGUUAAUCAUGAAGCAGCUAAUUACGACAAUAUGAAUGCGCAAGAACUGGAAAAAGAAGGUCACAUAUUACGGGACAGAAUUGCAGAAAAUUUGUAUCCGUUUCAAUAA